AUGGGAAGAAACGAGGGAGCCGCGAACUGGACCAAGAGGAAUGAUACAAGGCCCAAAGGAAUUAAAGAAAGGGCCAAUAAGGAGGGAAGGAAGGGGAACUUGAAGGGCCAGCGCCAGAAGUACCCACAGAAGAAGGAAGCAAGACCCGAGAAGGCGGUGAAGGGAGACCGGAAAGGAGGGGAAGGAGCAAGUACCAGGCGGAAAGGCAAGAGACCAUACGAGAGCGGAGAGAGUAGGAAAAGGAAUGGAAGAGGGGAGGAAGGCGCGGAAAACGAGGGUAUAGAGGAAAAAAGAGAGAGAGAAGCAACUGAAUACAAGAGUGGGCGAAGUGGAAGGGCCAAAAGAACAAGGAGAAGCCUGGAUGCAGAAGAAGCAAGAGGAGACCAGAAGGACAGGGGAGAAGGCAAAAGAGAGGACGAUGAAGGAGCAGGAAAAGAGGCAGGCAAAGGGGGGGAGCAGACGGGAAGGACGCAGAGCCCCAAAGAGCUGGGGGCAAAAGAGGGGGGAAAAGCUCGAGGGAAAAGAGAGGACGAAAAGAGGGCGCAAAUAGGAGAGGAGAAACCAAAACAAGCGGGCGUGAAGAGACCAGGAGGGCAAAGAGACGAGGUCCGGAAGCGAGCCGAUUAA